AUCAGUUCUUUCGACUACAGUGAUGGUCAAAGAUCGCAAGUGCCCUCUUUGGAUUAUAGAAAUAAUCAAGAAAUAUGGCAUGUGCAGCCGGAGCUCAAAACUCAGGUAUUACUUUAAGUGAAAGAAGUGUGAGGGAAACACACAAAAAAACAAUUCAAAAUGUUUGCAGUUCAUGCCCUCUUAUCAAACCGUGUCUGAGAGAUCAGAUCUAUAAGGGGGUUAUUAAACUAUUCGCAAAAUUUGAUGAAGUCUGUCCCCAGCAAUUUAACAAAUGUGCAAGUAGCAAUGAGAAAGACAGUCUGUCUCUUGAUGAAACAAAGGACAUCAUAAGAGAACUGGCUGUUGAACUAAACAGAGUGCUACAGUUUAAGAAGUUCUACCAGAUGUCUGGAAAGAUGAAAAAUAAAGGAACUGAGGAAGAACAGCAAUAUUAUAUUCUGCAUUGGGCUGAUGAGCUAGAGACUAAACAGAAAAAUCAAAAGGAAGUUAAACUGUUAGAGAAACAUUCAACUUCUGAGAAGAGCAGGUUGGAGAGUGAAAUGAAAUGGACCAAAGCUAAAAAAGUCUUAUCUGACUGGGUAUGGAAACUAAAAGAAGUAAAAGAGAACUCAGUAUGUCCAACAAAAGAAUUUAAAGAAACACUGAAGGAUCUCAACAAACAGUGCAAGAAGGGAGAGUCCAGUAUACUUCCUGUAAUGGACUGGAUGAUGUGGACUGUACUACAGUCACAAAGCUCUGAGGAUUCCUCCCCAAGACUGUGGAUGAAGAAAAAACAGAUAUCCAAAAAUACAGCUGCAGUUGGACUACCCAUUCCCAACUCAGUUUGGGAUUGGAUCACAAAGUCAACAGCUUCUGUAGUUCUGGAUCCAAACACAGCCAACCCAGAUCUGCAGGUCUAUGAAAACAGAAAAUCUGUGAUAGCAAGUAAAUACAGCAAUGAAAAAAAUAACUGGAAUGGGUUUGAAAGGAAGCGUUCUAAAUAUGAUGGCUGGAAUUGUGUUCAAGCUAAAGAGGGUUAUAACACAGGUCGUCAUUACUGGGAGGUGGAUGUAAGGAAAAAACAUGAGUGGCGGGUGGGAGUUGUGAAAGAGUCAGCCCUCCGGAAUGGAUAUGUCAAUAUGACCACAAAAAUGGGAUACUGGAAUCUGCGCCUGCAACUGGGGACUGUAAUAGCUCUGACUGAACCAGCCACUAAACUCUACCUGCCAACACCCUCUAAAUUAGGUGCUUAUCUGGACAUAGAUGAGGGUCAGGUCUCCUUCUACGAUGCAGAAAAACGAAGACAUAUUUACACAUUCAUCACAGAUUUUAGUGGGACUGAAAACAUUUACCCAAUGUUUGGCACCAUUGAGACAGACAGAGAGUUGGUGAUUUUAUAGGCAUACAUCCGAACACAUGCCAUUUUAAAUUGGAACUCUGCAUCUUCUCUUUGUGUGUGAACUCAUUCACUCUCUUGACUCAGUACCCAGAUUUCUAGCGCUGUAAAUAACCAUUGACAUAGUAGUUUGUACUAAAUUGUUUUCCCUGUAAAGCUGUUGAUAGCAAUAUACAUUGACAAAAAAAGUUGUAUUCUUCUUCUGUUAAUUCAUUAAAACUUUCAUA